UCGCGAGCAGCGGGGCCUGAGUGAGAACGCGGAAGAGUGGGAGUGGGAAUAUUCAGCCUGCCAUCCUUUGUUUACCAUUAGGAGUGAACCCUGAAUUUGGUUGCUACAACAAAUAUAGCCCCUUAAAAUUGUGUUUUACUUGUGUGAAACAGAGGCUUAGCGCUCAUAGUGUCCUCGACAUAAAAUCACAAAGCUGAGUCUGCACCGUGCUGUGCCACAUAGAGCCUGCAGAGGGCGAUGUCUGACAACAGCAACAGCACAGGCAGCAGUGGCUCGUCCACCAACAGCUGGACCCUCCUCUCCCCCGAGGAAGCCGCUGUUGAGAAUGUUGAGAAUGUUGGGCCAGUAGAUGACGGCACUGAGAGCCUGGGGGACGUCCCGAGUCUCUCUGAGGAUGUGACAGGAGCUGCUGCAAGUGACAUUCCAGUAGAAACUGUUCUGUCUGAAGAAGGCCAUCAGGUGUGCCAAGAGACGUCGCCAGAGUCCAGUUUGGGUCCCAUCCCCUCUAGUCCAGUCCGGAUGAGUCCUCUGCCACCCAACCCUCUUGAUCCUUCAGACCUCGACCUGGAGAGUCAGCCUCCAGUCAUCCAUGACAUCGUAACCAGCUCCCCCAGUGACAAUGAACACCUUGGGGCCACGCCCUUUGUCACCAACAUUGAUGUGGGGGCUCCACUCGAUAUUCCUGCUGCUGAUCUCCUGACAGCUGAGCCCGAGGAGUCCUGCUCCGCUCCUCCCCUGACUGAGAUCCCCGUCUCUGCAGAAGUAGUGCUCGACACGCCCGCUGAUAUCGGGCUGAUUGCCGCCAGCCCUGCAGCAGAGAGUCCCGUCUUCACUGCUGAGCCUGAGGUCAGCAUCCCCACAGAGACCCUCACAGCCACUGAUCCUCCCUCUCAUGUCGAAGCUGAUAUUAGCUUCGUUCCAGAGAGCACAGAGCCGCCAAGUCAGGUCCCAGAGAGCCUGGUGGCAGAAAGCCCCAUCAGCGAUGCUCCUGAACCAGAGACUGUUGGCUCAGUGGAGGCGGAGGAGGCAACAGCUGUGGAAGACGAGGAGAUGGAGCCAUCUGAGACAGUGCUCCAGGAUGAGAGAGAAGGAGAAGAAGAGCCAUCCAGCAGCUUUGAUUUGGGCGACACGAGCAGCUUUGAUGAUGGACUGAGGAGGAGGAAUUUGCCCUCCUUCGAGGCACCAAGACCAAGAACAUCAGAUGAGGAGGAUGAAGAGGAGGAAGUGGAGUUCAAGCUGGCUGAGAAGAAGGAGGAAAAGCCAUGGUUCUCCUUGAACAAAUGCAUUGUGGGUUCUCUUAUCCUGCUCUUCUUAGGUUCCCUCUUCCUCUCAGGUUUCCUCUCUGACCUGAAUAAUGGCGACUUUGACGCCUCUGAACUGAGUGAUGUAGAACAAAGCCAGGACUGGCUUAGCAGUGAUCCACAGGAAAUGAAAGAGCUAUUGGAUAAACUGACACAGGAAAACCAGCAAAUUGCUCAGCUAGAGGCUCAACUACAGUCUCAGAAAGAAGAACUUGACUCAGCGCUGAAAGCUGUAGCAGCGAGUGGGGAUGAAAAGGGUAAAGCAGAUCUGGAAAAAGAAAAUCUGAAAUUGAAGGAGGAGUUGUCGUCUCUGCCUGAGCUGAAGAAAGAGCUGGAGAGUCUGAGGUCCAGGGUGACCGAGCUCAGCCAGCUCACAGCUGAUCAGGAAACACCCCCAGCUACCUCAACCUCAGCCCCUCAGCCUGGCGACAAAGAUGGCCCGAGUAACCUGAAAGCAGCUCGACCUGAGAGAAAGAAGGACACGAACGAGGGAUUCAGGCUGAAGGAAGAACUCCAGAGGCAGAAAGGUCUCCUGGAGGAGAGCAAGAAGAGGCUGCAAGGGAUGAAAAAAGACGGAGGUGACAGGAAGCGAGUGAGGGAUAGUUUGGAGGAGAUCCAGAAGAAGCUUUCCGAACAAGUUGAGAGGUGGGGUAAGAAGAAGCCACAGGAGUCCAAAUGGAAAGGGAAGAAGGACAAGAACAGCGACCACUGGAAGAAAGAUGAAAAGAAGGAGUGGAGAGGAGAAAAAGAUUGGAAGCACAGCAAAGAGGGAGGAUGGAGAGAGAAAGAGGAGAAGAAGGAGAAGGAGUGGAAGUCUCAGAAGCAAAACUCUCACAAGGAGGCAUGGAGGAAACACCAGGAUGAGUGGGAGAGAAAGAAAGACGAGCGCAAGAUGGACAGAGAGGAGAGGAGGAAGGAGAAACCGUGGCACAGCCGACCUGGUAAGAACCCUCAUCAUCAGCACCAGCAUCAGCAUCAGCACCACCAACAUCGUCAGCCGCAUCAGCACAAGCACAACGACUUCUGGAGAGACCAGGAGCAGAAGCUCAGACGCAACAUCCGCCCCCAGCUGGGCUGCAGCUCCGUGGAAGACUGCGCCGGCAAGGAGGGGCUCUACCCAGUGGAGCUGCCUGAGUUUGAGGAGCUCCUUGAGGGCUACCUGAGCAAGCUUGAGGGAUCUUCAUCCGAGAGUAAAGACAAGAUCAGGAGGCUGACUGCGGAGUUCUUUGAGGACGGCGUGUUUAUCCACGACAGGGUGCUUUUCAAUGACUUUGCUGAGGACGUGGCGGACAUUCUGGAGGACAUGGUGGACGUUUUAGAGGACGGCGGGCAGAAGGACGACGACUCCCUGGAGGAGGAGAUGGAGGAGUUUGAGCGAGAAGCUCUGUGGAAGUUUGCCGCCACAGUUUAAACAGACAAAGAGGGGAAACUGAGUGAGAAAACAACGCUCAGACACAGCACAAGUGGUGGUUUUUUAGGACAUUUCUUGCCUACAUUCUCCUCUUCAGAGCUGUAAUUGUAGUAGCUUCUGGUACAGAGUGGUCGUGCCUCUCAUAAAUGUGUCCCUCUGAGUCUUUAAUUAUAAGCUAGACUUGUACUUGUCAUUUUGGACUUAGUUGUUGUUACCUACCUCUGUCAGGUCAUGCCUCCUAAUGCGAAGUCCUUCAGUAACGUGUUGUGUGGAUUUUCCUCUGCUGUAUAGUGUUCUCUUGAUACGUAGUGCAUGUCGCAGUUUAUCCUGUAAAUUCAAACUAAAAAUAUUCAGAUCACACACAAAGAAACUACCUUUAAAGUGAUACUUCACCCACAAAGUGACCAUUUGUAUGCAAGUUACUCAUCUUUCGUUAUGCUGAGUUUGUGAAGAAAACGUUUUCUCUCAUGCCUCUAAUGGUGUAAAGGUAAUCUAAAAAACAGAGAAAAUUCCUGACGAAUGAAGUAAAAUGGGGCUGUGUUUAAGUCUGGGUAAAGUAAAAUUAAAUAUGUGUAAUGAGUUUUCAUGAGGAAAAAGGUAAUGCCUGCACAGUUACUCCAUGCGUCACAAGUUUAUUUUAGACAGCACUUCAAUCCUGCUUGGGUCUUUGUCAGUCAAAUGAGUGUGACAUACCACAGAAAAACAUGUGUUAUUAAUCACCCAGCCAAAUUUAAUCUAUUAAAAAUGAGUAGUAUUCUGCUCUGAGAUGCGGGGUGCAUGUCUGCUCAAGGAUCUGAAACUACCUUACGGUUACUACUAACAUUAAAAGCUCGUAGCAUUAUAUAUUCUAUAUUUGUGUCAUUAUAUUCACCCCUUAUGUGUCAGCGGCAAGUUUGCUGCGUUCUACAAGUCUUAGCGCGUAAGUCUAAUAAAAACACAAAUAAACAAGUAUGUUAAAUGCCAAAAUCACAUAAAAACUAGUUGACCUGCUUUGAAUGUGCAGUUGGGUGCUAACAUAAGCUGCUAAUAGCUACUGAAUGAGAGUCAGUCACUGUGCAGCGGCUCUCUCGUGCUUCACCUUGAGGCGUGUAUGUGGCACUGGUUAAGCUGCUAAUAAGAGUCUUAUACCUACAUGGUGCUUCGCUCUUCAGCUCGGGGUGCUUUGUGUUACUGAGUUAGCUGCUAUCAAGAGUCUGCUGCUUAACAUGGAUGGCUCUAGUGCGUCAAAAAUCAGAAAUGGUGAAAAAAAGUGUCAGUGUUCACACUCUCUUAACAUGUUUUAUAGUAUAUACAAUAUAUUUUGAAAGAAAUCACUGAUUUUGAGGUACCUGGUAUUAAAACAACGGCAAAACUACAUCAAAACAUUUGUUUACAAACUCUAACAAAACUUGUGCAGUAUAAUCAAAGACUCAU